AAUUUUUUUCCAUUUUUUUUCCUGCCUUUCCACUGAUUUCCUUUUUAUCGUUGUUGCUAGUUACUUUAUUGAUAUUAUUGCUGCAAUAAUGGUGGUGACUGUGACUAUGAUGAUGUGUUGCUGAUGGUGAUGAUUUAAAAAAAAAAAUGACUGCUGAUUUUUAACCAGAUGAAAAUGGAGUUUUUCUGAAUGAUCCUAACUGACUCUGGGCUUUUAUAUAACCCCUUGGGGGGAAAAAAACACACAAACCAGGUUUUUAAAACACGAUUUUUUUUAAAAAAAGAAAGUGGAUUGAUCACAUGUAACUCUUUUUUUUUCCCCCUCCCUCACUGAUCGCCUGGCUGUCAAGAACAGAACCUGAUACCUCUCCAGAACUUAUUUGAACAACUCAGGAAGUUCCUACGCUUUUUUUUAUUUUUAUUUUUCAUUUUUAAAUAUUUUAUUUCUAUUCGAUUUUUCAAUUGUUGCUGCACUGUGUCUGUGGGGCUGAUCACUCUCUAGCAGUGACAGCCUCUUCCCCGGUCAGAGACCCCACUCCGCCCCUUCAUGCCCUCUCAGUUCCCAUCCUGGUCUUUUCCUCUGCACCGUCCCGUCCCCCCCUACAAGCGCCGUCAUGGAUGCCCAGUCUGGAGUAACAGAGGCAGCUACCAGCGGAGCCUUGCAUGGAGCAGGGGCAUACCCAUCUUGGCUGAUGAUAUUAAUCUGGCUGCGGAGCCGAAGUUGAACCGGGGUAAAGCUGGGGUGAAGAGAUCGGCCACAGAGAUGUACGGGUCAGUAGCCGCACCACCUUCUCCGUCCCCUCUAGUCAGGUCUUCGUUUGACCUUGAUUAUGACUUCCAGCGUGACUAUUACGACAGGAUGUACAGUUACCAAGCACGAGUGCCCCCUCCACCCCCCAUUGCCAGGGCCGUGGUCCCUUCCAAACGCCAGCGGGUUUCUGGCAAUACCUCUCGCAGAGGAAAGAGCGGAUUCAACUCGAAGAGCGGGCAGCGGGGAUCGUCCUCCAAAUCUGGGAAAUUGAAAGGAGAUGACUUGCAAGCCAUUAAGAAGGAACUGACCCAGAUUAAGCAGAAAGUGGAUUCUCUGCUGGAAAGCCUUGAGAAGAUAGAGAAGGAUCAAAAACUGAAGAACGACAAGUCGGAAGAAGAGCAAAGCAGCAGCUCAACCAAGAAAGAAGAGAGCAAUGUGAAGAUGGAAUCCGAGGCCGGGGCAGAUGACUCGGCCGAGGAAGGGGACCUGCUGGACGACGACGACGACAACGAAGACCGGGGAGACGACCAGUUGGAGUCCAUCAAGGGCGACGAUAAGGAACCCGAAGAAGGGGAAGACGACAGAGACAGUGCCAAUGGCGAAGAUGACUCCUAAGAGCCUAACAUUACCUCUCCCCCUCUCUCUGCUCCUUGGCCCACAUGGCGUUCUUCUGAUUGAGCCUCUCGCACCCCCCCUGUCCCCUCUUCCUCCACCCACCCCCCCACCCCAUUUGCUGGCUGCUUCCUCACUGCCCUCCUCCCCUUUUCGCAGCCCUGUGUGUUUUACAAUGUUCGUGUCUUCUGUUUGGGCAUCCGCCCUUCGUCGCCGUCAUCGUCGUCGUCGUUCCACCUCCUUUUCCCUUCAUCCGCUCCUCCUAGUUCAGUUCCAUCCCUUGUAAUUUUUUUUCCCCCUCUUUUAAUUUUGAUACCUCUUUAUUGACUUAACAAUAAAAAAAAGACGUAUUGUUUUUA